GCGACAUUGAAGCGAAAAGUCGAUUUUUGACGAACGGCGCGGAUGAGGCCCUUGACGGAUGAAGAGAUGAAGACUGUCUUUGAGAAGAUCAGCAAGUACAUCGGCCGCAACGUGCAGCACUUGGUUGUCCGCCCCGACGAAAAGUUUUGCUUUCGCUUGCACGGAGACAUCGUGUACUACGUGAGCGAAAAGUUGAUGCGACAAGCAACCAACAUCGGCACAGAACAGCUCUUGUCCCUCGGCACAGCCGUCGGCAAGCUCACCAAGUCGAAAAAGUUUCACCUGCGCAUCACGUUCCUCGACCAUUUGUCCCAGUACGCCAAGUACAAGGUCUGGAUCAAGCCCAACUCGGAGAUGUCGUUCCUGUACGGGAAUAACGUGGUCAAGUCGGGUCUCGGCCGUAUCACGGAAGGCACGCCACAGUACGCUGGAGUCGUCGUGUACUCGAUGAACGACGUGCCGUUGGGGUUUGGCGUCGUCGCCCAAGCCACGGAACUGUGCAAAGACUUGGCCCCCACCGACUACGUCGUGUUGCACCAGGCCGACAUUGGCGAGUACCUCCGUGUAGAAGACGAAAUGUUUUAACUUAUACAUCAUGACCCCAACCACGUGUGCUUGCCAGUCGUCUCGAUCACUGCGUGCGUUUGUCCGCCCUCGUAAAUGAGUGGCUGGCAGAAGGUGCACUGCCGUCGCCGCGGAGUCC